AUUCACAUUUCUCUCCUGCCCAAACAGUCUGAAACCCUCUUCCCUUUCUCACUCAUUGAAUGGUUCAGAGCUUACCCAAUCUACGACCACCAUGACGAAGCUCGUCGAUGACGAAGAUCGAAAGCAUUUGGUGAACCGACUCCCGUUUGUCAUUUGAAUCGGCGAAUCACAACAGCCCUCUGUCAUUUGAAUCCUCCAACGUAGAGCGCUCGACGAUCGCCGUCAAUGACCCCCUCAUUGAUGAAGACCGUCAGUAAUAUCUUCAGAACAGAUGGAAUUUGAAUUUCUCAUUCCGGAAGAUGCACGGUUGCAGACCCACAUUCCCCAACGAAGCAACCUCAACUAUGUCAAGAUUGUGAUGGAGCGUUUUGACGAGCACCAACGUGAGGACUUCCGCAACUCCUGCCUGAGGUUUUUGGCCGAGGUUCCAAACAUACAAUUCUCCACCUAACUAAUUCAACAGCUGGUGUUUAGAACCAUUCGUACUGAUAAGAUGAACGAGCCGUGGUUUAACGUGCAAGGCCACAUGAUGAGGUCCAGUCUGUAGGAGUAUGUUGUUUUGACGGGGUUAAUAUGUGGUGUCUUCCCGGAGGGCGAUCAAUUCGCUCGAGUGCUAGAGAGGUGAAAGAGAGGUACUUCAAAUCCAUUGAUAAGAUUUCAUUGUGCACAACUUCGGACUACUUUUGUUCGGCCUCCGACGACCCGAGCUGAUAGCUACAAGCUCGGGUAGGAUCUAUUUGUCAAAAGAGUUUUUAGUUCUCUGGAUAAUAAUUUCGGUAUCGAUUUGGACACACUAUCAAUUUUUGACGACCUUGACUUAUUUUUUGCCUAUCCUUGGGGUAAAGUCGGUUACAGACGUAUUUUGAAGGGAUUGUGGGGUGGUUGGGCAAGAAAAUUCUGCGAGACCAAGAGGAAGAAUGACAAGGAGAUCACUUACACGGUUUACGACUUUCCCUUUGUCGUGCAGUUCAGGAUGGGGAUGCCUCGUCUUGCCAACCUAUAUAGGGUGGAUUUUUUUGUCCUAUUCGGGGUGGGGCCCGUCGAGGUGAGACGGAUUUUUUACCAUCUCUAUUCACAACUACAUUUUUGUGUUUCCAAUUUUGCCAAUUCUGCAUAAAGUUUUCUUCCUGCAACAGGUAUGGGCGUAUGAUGCGCUUCCGAAGAUUGGAGAACGGUUUGUUGAGCGACUCGAUGAAUGAAUGCCACGACUUUUUAGCUGGUCAGCAAGAAAACAGACACAGCAUCGUACGUACGAGACAUUUUCAGGAAUGUACAGUUGCAUGUGUACACAACACUGCGUCCCACCGUCGCUGAGUGUGAGCAAGCCUAUGUGUCCACUCUCGUGCCAUACAAUGAUUAUCCAUGCCUGUGCUGGAUGACAUUGCUAGGACUGUUGUCGCAGCACAGUUUAAUGCAUCGCAUACCGGUAGUAGAGGUGGUGGACAGCCGUCUACGUAGGAUCUUGAUGACGGAGAGUCUAGUGGAGGAAGCGGUGAGGACUAGAUGUCUGGACGUGAUGACGGAGAAGGGUGGUUGAACAAUGAUCACAAUGAUAAGGAUACUGAAGAUAGUGGCGACGGCCACGGUGCUCGAUCUUUCGACAGUGAUGACACCUGCGGAGGGUAGACGAGUGUGUUUUCCACGCCUCACGGGGCCACGAGUUUCUUCUUCAGUGCGUGGGCCGUCGAUACAUACAUGACCAGUUGGAACAUCUGGAGCAAGCCUGACAAGAGGGAAAGUUGAUGAGUUGCUAUUGGACUAAAGAAUCUUCAUUGAAAUGCGACACCGGAUUGUGAAGCUUGAAAUUGUCCAGCACGUGACCUCUGAAUUUACAACACUCUGAGAGUUCAUAGUUACCCUCGUGCCCCCAUCUGGUCCGACCGCCACUGCAGCUGCCACAGAUGCCGCGACUGAGGUCUGAGUUUCAGGUAGUUUACCAAAAGACGUAUAUGGAGGACACAUUGAACUAUGUCUGGAUGAGCAGGAUAUGCCAGUGCCCACUGAAAUCGAAUAUCUGCAAGACCGAGCACACAUUGAGCCAUGCCUGGGCAAUGACCCCGUGCCAAUGCCCACUGGAACCAAAAAAGUGCAAGAAGGAGGACAAAUUGACCCACAUUUGGAUGAGCAGGAUGUAAACGAUGGAGAAGGCAUGAAGCCCAAACAUAUGGCCUUGGUCAAUGAUAAAGAGUUGUUGACUUGCAACGUGACGGAUGUCAAAUGCGGUGGGAUUGAAAUCCUAGUUCCCUCCACUGUAGCCGAAGUAGGAGGCGAAAUUAUUACAAAGAGACGGCGAUCGGCACUACUACGACGUCUGGCACCUACUACCAGGACUACGUACACAAGGGGGAGGACGAAAAAAACAAAGAAUUAAGUGUUAAUGAAUUACCGGGAUAGCAUGACGAUGGUGUUAAACUUGGUUUUGCAUUAUUUUGAAUUGGUUUAGGUGGUGAAGGAUAUUAAUUUCUUGGAUUAUAAAGUUUUUACCUUUUUGCUUGAAAUUACAUUUGAAUUGCUCUUGGGUAGCAUGGUGACACUUUGACGCAUUCCUCACAUUUUGCAUUAUCUGUGGUAAAUGCUGUGUAACUGUUUACUUUUGCUGACAAUGUUUUAGUAUUACAAACUACAUAAGUUAUCAAUUUAUUCUAUUACGUGAAUCGUGCAUACGUUAGUUCA